GAGGAGGAGGGUUCGUGAAACUGACAAAAACUGCUCGGAAGGAUUAUAUCAAGUGGGCCCAUUUUGCUGCCAACCAUGCCAACCUGGUCUCUGAGUUAUCCAGUCUCUGAUUCCUGGCCAUGUAGACAGUGUAAAGCAUGGGCUCCCUCUCGUGGAGUGAGCUUCAAGUUAAACAAGACAUUGGCUGGUCACUUCCACAAGUUCUGUGCCACCAUUGCCCCAGCACAUCUUGCAGGCAGGAUACAAGUGAACGAAAAGUUAAGGACUGCACAAUGGAUGGGAGUACACCAACCUGUGCCCCAUGCACAGAAGGGAGGGAUUACAUGGACAAGAAACAUUAUGCUGAUAAAUGCAGAAGAUGCACACUCUGUGAUGAAGAGCAUGGUUUAGAAGUGGAAACAAACUGCACCCUGACCCAGAAUACCAAGUGCAAGUGCAAACCAGACUUCUACUGCGAUUCUUCUGGCUGUGAACACUGUGUUCCCUGCGCCUCGUGUGAACAUGGAACCCUUGAGCCGUGCACAGCAACCAGCAAUACAAAAUGCAGGAAACAAAGUUCCAGAAAUCACCUAUGGUUGUUGACCAUCCUUGUUUUGUUAAUACCACUUGUAUUUAUAUAUCGAAAGUGCCGGAAAAGAAAGUGCUGGAAAAGGAGACAGGAUGACCCUGAAUCUAGAUUCUCCAGUCAUGAAACCAUACCAAUGAAUGCCUCAAAUCUUAGCUUGAGUAAAUACAUCCCAAGAAUUGCUGAAGAUAUGACAAUCCAGGAAGCUAAAAGAUUUGCUCGAGAAAAUAACAUCAAGGAAAGCAAGAUAGAUGAGAUCGUGCAUGACAGCAUCCAAAACACAGCUGAGCAGAAAGUCCAGCUGCUCUGGUGCUGGUACCAAUCUCAUGGAAAGAGUGAUGCAUAUCAAGAUUUAAUCAAAGGUCUCAAAAAAGCUGAAUGUCGCAGAACUUUAGAUAAAUUUCAGGACAUGGUCCAGAAGGACCUUGGAAACUCAACCUCAGACAUCGGAAAUGAAAAUGAAAGACAAUGUCUGGAGUGAAAACUACCUCAGUUCCAGCCAUGAAGAGAGGAGAGAGCCUGCCACCCAUGAUGGAAACAAAAUGAAUGCCAACUGUAUUGACAUUGGCAACACCUGGUGCAUUCUCUUUGCCCGCAAAUGACAGUUGAUAUUCAGUGAGGGUCAAAUGACUAGCAGGUUCCAGAGACUGCUUCUGCUAUUCUCUGCAGUUGCUGAGAUGAACCAUUUUCUCUGUCUACUGCGAUUUUUACAUUCAAACGUCCAUGAAAUUUGUAUUAAAUGUGAAUUGGGACCUGCAGUGUUUGUGUUUAUAUUCAUAUACUGUGAACUGAGGAGAAUUAUAAACUGAAACAAAUACUCUCGGUUACUUGAAGACCUUCCACUGAUGGACAGUUCUUUUCCUCUCUCUAUGGAAAUGUGUAAUAGAAGAAAUAAUUUUUAAAUUAAAGUAUUUUUUUGCAUUUC